CAGGCAUAUAAAAGCAGAGCUGGGUCUUCCCCCAGGGCUCAGUCUGGGCCAGCCCCGGCAGUUUUUGGCUGCCACAUGGAAGAUCACGCAAAGCACGUCCAGCCCAUCCCACUCCCAGCCAUGCAGCAGAACCUGAACUAUAUGUACCCACAAAUAUUUUGGGUGGACGGCUGUGCCAACGCCAGUACCUCCUGCCCUCCGGCACCCCCUAUUGCUCCCUUCCCACCACCGGUACCUGAUCGGAGGAGAAAGCCAAAGAGCAACAGAGAAAGGAGCAGCAUCGGCUUUCUGGUGAUCUCUUUGCUGAUCCUGAUGGCCCUCACUGGAGUGGGGCUGAGCAUGUUUCAGAUUUUCCAUCUGGAGAAGCAACUGGCAGAGCUCAGAGAGUCUGCCAGCACUGAACACAUCCCUCCAGCUCUGGAGAAGCUCAUAGGGCAGGAGAGACAGGCAGCGAAAAAGGAAGUGAGGAAAGCGGCACACUUAACAGGAAACCCCACACAGCGGGACCUCCCUUUGGAGUGGGAACCCAUCUCCGGCCACGCUUUCACUAAUGGCAUUCAGUACCGCAACCAGGGCCUCGUGAUCAAUGAGACUGGCCUGUACUUCGUGUACUCCAACGUGCUCUUCCGGGGAAGCACCUGCAGCAGCCAGAUGUUGAACCACGUCGUCUACAAGACAAAUCCGACCUCGCCAGGCAGCCACGUGCUGAUGGAAGACAAAUACAUCAAUUACUGUGCAAAUCAGAAAAUGUGGGCCCGGAAAAGCUAUCUGGGGGCUUUAUUCAAGCUCAGGGAGAGGGACAGUCUGUAUGUCAAUGUCUCCAAAAUCUCUCUGGUUAGUUUUGAGGAAUCCAAGACAUUCUUUGGCUUAUUCAAGCUUUAA